UUUGAUAUAUUUCUAUCGGCCAUCGGCGCUGUGGUAUUAGCUUUUGGUUGUCGGGUGCUGCAUAAACCAUCGAGUCUAUUCUUCUUCGAUAUUUCAGUUGGCUUGAAUCAACAGACUGUCCGAUUCCUCUUGCUGGCGACGGUCCCUUCUCGAGCCGAUGUCGGCGUCCGGAAGUCGCGAGCUCGCCGGACCCCGGCAGCCGGUGGUCGCCCUGCCGGACACCGUUCAGGAGGAGAUCCGCAGCGGCGCCAACAUCACCUCGGCUGCUCAGUGCGUCAAAGAGCUGGUGCGUAACGCGCUGGACGCCGGCGCCAGCUGCGUGGCCGUGCGCGUCAACCUGCCGCAGCUGGAGGUGCAGGUGGUCGACAACGGCACCGGCAUGACGCCCCAGCUGAUGGCACGCGUCGGUGACAGGUAUGUGACGACCCACGGCGACACGCCAGGUCGAUCCUCGGUCAAACCGUUCGGUUACCGCGGUGAGAGUCUGGCCAGCAUCGCGCGCGUGUGUCGCCGCCUGGAGAUCACGUCGCGCCGCCGGGGCUCGGAGCAGACCUGGCGCCGUCGCCUAGUGACGUCCUCCCGUUCGAGGAGGGGUGGACCGGUCAGCAGCGGCGGUGAAGGCCCGAGCAGCCCGGGUGACUCGGGGCGGGGUGAGGCGGCAGGUCGGCAGGGGACCGGCGCGGCGCCCAGCCCGGUGUCGCAGCAGCGGCCCAGCGCCGGCACCACGGUCACCGUGCGGGGUCUGCUGGCCGGCCGGCGCGCCUGCCGCCGACAGGCCGAGCUGGAGAGCGUCUGCCGCGUCCUGGAGACGCUGGCACUGCCGCGCCCGGACGUGUCGUUCAGCCUCCGCGACGACGCCACGGGGAGGCUGCUCAUGGACGCUGCCAGGAGGAGUUCUGUGCUGGAGCGGUACAGCGACGUGAUCGAGCCGCUGCCGGAGCGGCAGGCGCGGCCGCUGGCGGCGCGCCGCGGCAAGGUCCGGGUGUCGGGCUUCACCACUGCGCCGGGCGGCCCUCAGCUUGUGUUCGUCAACGGCCGCUCGGUGGGCCGCGGCAGAGUCCACCGGCUGGCGGCGCGGCUGCUGGCGGGCGCGCAGCCGGAGGCCGGCCGGCCGGGGUUCCUGCUGCUGCUGCGCUGUCCGGCCGACCGGUAUUCGGUGGUGUACGACCCGGACGAGGACCGGGUCGAGUUCGCCCACUGGGAGCCCGUGCUGACCGCCGUGGAGCGCGCUGUGAUGGCCGGAGUGGCCGACGGAGCGGCGCGGCUGCAGGGAGACGGUGCCGAGACGGGGAACGAGCCAGCCGGCACCGCCGCCGCUGCCGGCACCGCCGCCGUACCCGAGUGUAACUACUUGUUGGACAGGGCUGAGGCGCGGCGAGGCAAGAAGGUGGCUCGUCCCGGCAGACCGGAGCCUCCGCUGGACGUCUCCGUCCCUGAGUCAGAGACAGUGCCGGGCGGCAGUGUGUUGCACAAGACCAGCGACAUGGAGCCGACGGAACAUCCCUCGGGCGAUCGAGAGAACGGUCGACCAAACCGUGCAGAUACUGAUAAAGAGCCUGGAGCUGGAGGGGACUGUGAUGAGACGAACCGCUCCGACACCGACCGCCAGGACGAUGGAGCGCAGGGCCCGAGUGGUGAGGAAGCUCCACCGGCGGGAGGAGCUGAGAGGCCCAAUAUGCCGCAGGUUCUGGCGACCGACUCGGCCGGAAGCUCGGAGCUAAUCAACUCGGUCACAGACCACACGGGUCUGGAGCCUCCGGCGGCCACUGGAGCCGCGGGGGACGGCGGAGCGGCCCGGCUGUCUGCGGGCUUUGCGUAG